UGUGGACCAGCACGCACAAGCACGCGACCCGACGGUCGAUUCUCACGCUCGCGCCGCCGCCUUCCUGCUCGGCGACGGCCGCCGUCUACCGCCCGCGGCCGUCCUGGCCUCCCCCUGCCACUUCCCCAUCUCCCCUGGUACUGUGCGCGAGUGCGCUUCCCCGGCCCGCGGCUUCUGCCAUACCGUGCUGCCGGCCUGCUGCGCCCCCGCGCCGUUCCCCGCCUGCCUCGCCGCUGCCCGCUGGUCCCACUAGAUCGCCGGCUAGCCUGCUUUCCUGCAAUCCCGCUCCUCUGAUUACGCCUCUUGGCGACCAUCCCUAUUGCAUCGGCCACUCGCGAGCAGCGGCUGUUCCAAUCUCUACGGGCGCCUCGCCAACCACGUGGGUGCUCGGAGAUGGGCCGCAGGCUUCUUCUUCCCCACACGAGGAGGCUUAUGUUUUUCCUGCGGCCGAUGCGCUACUCUGCCUCCGCCACUGCCAUCGCUGGCUCUUCGCGCGACCCGCUCCACGUGUGCAUCGUCGGCAGUGGCCCUGCCGGGUUCUACACAGCCGAAAAGAUGCUGAAGGGUCAUGAAGGAGUGCAGGUCGAUAUUAUUGACAGGUUGCCAACACCGUUUGGCUUAGUUCGUUCUGGAGUGGCUCCAGAUCAUCCAGAAACAAAGAUUGUGGUAAACCAAUUUUCUCGUGUAGCUGCGAAUCCACGCUGCUCUUUUUUUGGGAAUGUAACACUUGGAAGUGAUGUAUCUCUAUCAGAGCUUCGAAAGACAUAUGAUGUUGUCGUUCUUGCUUAUGGUGCAGAAAGCGAUAGAUCAUUUGGUAUUCCUGGGGAGGACCUUAGAGGAAUACAUUCUGCUCGAGAGUUUGUAUGGUGGUAUAAUGGGCACCCAGACAUGUGCAACUUGGCACCUGACUUGACAAACACAGAUUCUGCUGUGGUCCUUGGACAGGGAAAUGUUGCGCUUGAUGUUGCCCGUAUUCUUCUUCGCUGUACAACCGAGUUGGCUUCCACAGAUAUUGCUGGUUAUGCUUUGGAUGCUCUCCGUAGCAGCACAAUAAGGAAAGUUUACUUGGUUGGGCGACGAGGCCCAGUACAGGCAGCUUGCACAGCAAAGGAAUUACGUGAAAUUUUGGGUAAUUACAAAAUGUGUUUGAAAAAUGUGAAUGUUUGCAUCAAGGAGGCUGAUCUUGCGACAUCGCCUGCGGAUAAGGAGGAGAUGAGGAAUAGUAGAAUAAAAAGACGGGUGUAUGAGCUGCUAUCGAAAGCUGCUACCGUGCAUCAGGAAAACAACGAUAAUGACCAAAAGGAGCUUCAUUUUGUGUUUUUUAGGAAACCUACCAAAUUUCUCCCUUCAGAUGAUGGUUCCAUGGUUGGUGCUGUGGAACUUGAAAAGACUCUCUUAAAAGAUGAUGGAGCAGCUGGAAAGCAGGUGGCAGUUGGAACUGGUGAGUUUGAAGAACUAAAAUGUGGAAUUGUUUUGAAGAGUAUUGGGUACAAAUCCUUGCCAAUAGAAAGUUUGUCCUUCGACAAAUACAGAGGAGUUGUCCCAAAUUUGAGGGGCAGAGUUCUGUGCAGUGAAUCAGAGACUGCCACGGUGGAGCUAGGACUGUACGUGGUAGGAUGGUUGAAGAGAGGACCAACUGGGAUUGUUGCUACAAAUCUCCAUUGUGCCGAAGAAACGGUGGCUAGCAUCCUUGAAGACGACAGGAAGGGCGUAUUCACCGACCCAUCUGGUCCGAAAAGGCAAGGCCGGCGGGGACUACUUGAGAUUCUAGAACAAAAGAAUGCCCGCUAUGUGCCCUUCGAUGGCUGGGAGAAGAUCGAUUCCAAAGAGAAGGCGACCGGCGAGCUGAAGAACAAGCCCAGGGAGAAGAUCACCAGAUGGAAUGAGCUCCUGGAAGCCGCAAGGGAGGGUGAUUGAAGGGCAUCGAACAGGGCUGCUGGUUCAGGCGUAAACCGAAUCAAAGAAACAGACUACGAGGGACAAUCUGAAUGCUGAAAGAACAGCAAAUCACGUACAUACUGAGCCAAAGAAAGUCAAGUGCUAAUAAUGCAGUCUUAGCAACGAAUCAUUCGUACGCAUACACAGUAGUGCCAAUCGUGGUUAAAAUCCCAAAAAGGCUCGACCACUACAGCCACAUGAAACGAUUGUAGUCCUGCGAAGUAGAACUGCUAUAUGAACUUUGCCACUUCAUCUAAUCAUGGGCAUUUCUUUUUGAUAAUGAACACUUUCAGUCUACACUAUUUCUAAAA